UGGGCGAAAGUUCACAAGUCCACAUAUGUAGGCGCAGGCCCGCUUUUAGGGGUUAGGCAGGGUUUAACAAAUUUCUUGAAGAAGAAUCCACUGCAACUGCAUCCUACUAACUUGAACCCCCAUUUCUCGUUAGGAUUCAAGUUGUCUUUCAUUGAUCAACGUAAAAUAAUGGGUAGCAGUCAAGCGGCGGUUUCGUUCCUUACAAACAUAGCACGCGCAGCCUUCAGCCUCGGUGUCGGCGCCACCGUCCUCAAUUCAUCACUCUACACCGUCGACGGCGGCCAACGCGCUGUCCUGUUCGAUCGAUUUCGCGGUGUGAUCGAUGAUACUGUCGGCGAAGGUACUCAUUUCCUGAUUCCAUUUCUCCAGAAACCGUUCAUCUUCGAUAUUCGUACUCGCCCCCACCACUUCUCCUCCGUUUCCGGCACUAAGGAUCUCCAGAUGGUUAAUCUCACCCUCCGAGUCCUCUCUCGCCCUGAUGUUAAUCGCCUCCCGGACAUUUUCAAAACUCUAGGUCUCGAGUAUGAUGAGAAAGUUCUCCCUUCCAUAGGAAACGAAGUGCUUAAAGCUGUUGUUGCGCAAUUUAAUGCGGAUCAAUUGCUCACCGAGCGUCCCCACGUGUCGGCCCUAGUUCGUGAAAGUCUAAUUCGAAGGGCCAAGGAUUUCAAUAUUGUUUUGGAUGAUGUGGCCAUUACUCACUUGUCGUAUGGGUCGGAGUUCUCCAGGGCUGUGGAGCAGAAGCAGGUGGCUCAGCAGGAGGCGGAAAGGUCUAAGUUCGUGGUGGCCAAGGCGGAACAAGAGAGAAGGGCUGCUAUUGUUAGGGCUGAGGGAGAAAGUGAGUCUGCCAAGUUGAUUUCUGAUGCAACUGCAACUGCUGGAAUGGGCUUGAUCGAGCUGAGGAGGAUUGAGGCCUCAAGGGAGAACACAGCCACCAUGUCCAAGAGUCCCAAUGUGAUGUACCUGCCUGAUGGAAACAAUAUGCUUCUUGGGCUCAACGCUGGACGUUGAAUAUAAGGAUGCUAAUGUGUGGCACUACUGCCGUGGGAGGUUUGGCUAUUUGUUUACAGAUUUUUGCUAAUGGAGAUUUCUUUGUUCUAGCUGGAUAUUUCUAGUUGGGAACGUUGUGAUGAGUUAUGCACGGCUGUUGAGAACAUUUUUUCCUCUUUCAACUGCCAAUAUAAAUGCUAUUCCUUUUCAUCUCUCUGCCGUCAUUCUGUUGGAUAUCCUACCAUGAAUUUCUCCAUUAUUCGUUACUUUCCUUGUUUCCUUCAAGCUUCAAGAAAUCUUUAGUAGACAGUAAAAGGAAUAUUUUCAUCGAUAUCUGAUAGGAGAUGAAUACAAUGUCUGA